AUGUGUGUCAGAGAUAAGAACAGGGAUCCAUUCAACGUGGUGGAUGGAAAAAGUUGCGAUAAGAAACUGGUCAUCACGAAGUCCGUUACAGCUGGAGAGAAAGAAUCCGAGAUGAUUUAUGUCAACGUCAGUAGAGUUCGAGAUGAAGUGAAUCGCGAUGAAGCAAGACUUUACAAUCCUUUUAUCAUAACAAUCACAUCCUCGCCAAUGCAUAUCAUUUAUCCUUACACACUUGAAGGAACAGUGAAUAACAAGCCUUACGAGACAUCAAAAAGGGAAUAUUGGUGUCAGGAUGGCGCAGCUACCCAUGAUGCUGAUGAUUUUUCAUGUAAAAUUCAAUAUGAUAUCACAACGGGGAAAAGAAUCUGGGAUAGCCAGGGUUUUUGCUGUCGUUGUUCGUUUAUGGAAGAUAUGCAUAAGAGUCAAGGUGGACGCUACCAUCGUGGCAACACAGUGUGUGGCAAUAAAUUCCAUAUUCCACUUAUCCAUCAGUUGUUUAAAAACCGAAAAAGACAAAGCGCGCAUUGUAUGAAUUAUGAUAAUCUGUGGUAUAAUGUCCACAAGAUUGGUGGUUACCGCAUUUGGUUCAAGAUAUUCGUAAAAGCGUACGACUUGGUAGAGGAGGAAAGAGAUGGAAAAAGGUACCAGAAGUUGGUUGAUGGCGGUCAAAUUGAGUUGAGCAACUUUAAAACAUCAGGUCAUGGAGUUCACGGGAGGUUGUUGGCCUCGAUGAUUGGAAUGUUUGAGUCAGACACACAGAUAUACAGUUUGACGGAAAGAUACUUGUUCAUCCCAGCCGGUGGUUCUAAGAUCAACUGGCUAUCACAUCCACAGACGAGGAACGGUGCGAGAGAUUUCAUGAUCAUACCAAAAACUCUGGUGGCAAUGAAAAACUCGAUGGAGUCCUGUAACAAGAUUGGUGUCAGUUUUACCGCAUUUCGCAUGCAAGGUGCUGGAAUGGACGGACAAGACUUUGGGUGUCUUCAAAGAAUGGGAUGGUGUUUACAUAAUCAAGUUAAAGAUUAUUUUGAAAUAGAUGUGAAAAACCGUGAAAAAGGAAAACGACCACUCUACUUUCCAGAACGUUACGGAGUGGUUGAGGGAACCACCGAUGACUUCAAAGAGGAUGGAAGUUUCGCCUUAGUUUAUAAAGCCGGAAAACUGGGCAAUAUUAUGAUUAGUUUAGAGAUCAGUGCGGAUGACAUUGUUCUCAUCUAUAACAAGGCUGGUGGGACAAUUGUCAAAGCGUUUGCAACCAAUUUCGAGUCGCUCUCUCAAGAUGGUCUGCUUCACGUUAUCGUUCAAAACACAGGACUUGUUACCGCCGAUUACCACGUAACUAUGAAACACUGCACACGGGGAAUACGACGUAGUCCAGAAGAAAAAGCCUCAAUCAAUGCCCAGUCAGUUCAUACUUUCACAUUUCCACUCAGGACAACCGUUCAUGCUUCGGGAAAAUUCAUGUGCACAAUGAAUCUUUGGGACUCUCGUCAUGGUUUGCUGGACAGUGCCAACAUUACAUUUGAAACAACAACGGCUUGUGUGUGUUUACAAUCUUGUUCCUGUGCGCUUGCCUUGUCAUUGUCAGACGUUGUGUUAACAGGAACCUCUGUCUACAGAAAUUUCACAGAUUACAAAAUUGGGGAGACGUAUUUAACAAAUCCUGGUAACGAAUUCAGCCUUGUUGGGAAACUGGAACGCGAUGAAAUGGAAUACAAAUUUAUUGUCUCAGACACAAUGCAGUUUCUUGAGAUCGUUAAUGAUGAAAUGCUACUUCUGACACCCGCGAUCCCGUUCAAUCCUGAGCCCUUCGCAGAAACAUUCACAGAGGCGAAAGUAUUUGAAAAAAUCACACUAGAGCCGCAGCACGUCUGUCUUAACGAGGAGAUUGAGUUCGAGUUUUAUGACGAUCACACGACAUUGACUGGGGACGAGGAAUCGACAAGCAGGUACAUCACGAAGGAUGAUGACAUCAUUGACGCUCAAAAUGUGUCUGCGGGUUCACCGGCCAGCGACCUCCCCCCUGAGCUACCGCCAAAAGACUAUUCAAGACACGAUCUUGACAACGAGGAGGUUUAUGAGGAGCCUGUGAUACCAUAUGGUAGUCCAGUUUAUGAACACCAUCCUUCGUUAAGACGCAACCAACUGGAUUAG